UCUCUCUCUCAAAAUAGGGUAUUAAUUUGUCUUAUCUCUUGCUCCUCCACCACGCCGAUCACCAUCGUCGCCUCUAUUAGCCUUGCCGAUCGUCGCCGCCACUAGUAGCCUUGCCGGUAACCGCCACAUCUUCUUCGCUCGGUGAUUUGAGGCAGACUGUAUAGCUUCAUCAAAGCUCUUCGUUUCUCUCUCUCGCACCAUUGUCCAACUCACAGCACCGUCCACGAAAUCCAGAAAUUGGUUCAAUCUUAGAUCUCUCCCAUGGAGUUUGUGGCUUGUCGUAGUAAAUUACUUCAACCCAAAAGCAGCCUUCAGGACAAUGUUUUCAACUCUGGGGAAAAUGUUCCUUUGGAAUUUUAUGAACCCUGGUGCGGUCAUUGCAAAAACUUGGCUCCAAUCUUGGAUGAAGUUGCUGUUUCAUUUGAAAGUGAUGCUGAUGUUGGCAUUGCAAAGAUUGCAUGGAGGUCAUAUUUUGAACAACAAAACUCCAUUUCUUAUGGAGUCAAUUCUCAUAAUAAGGAGAACAUCAAGGAGUUCCUGAACUUUUUACGAGCCCGAGUUAGAGAAUUGAAGAAGAUUGAUCAUGCUAAUCAUACCAUAACAGUGCUGCUAGUUGGGAUUCCCAAUGUUGGCAAGUCAGCCCUGGCCAACUCCUUGCAUCAUAUUGGGCGGAUUAGUGCUUCGGAGAAAGGAAAGUUGAAACAUGCAACAGUGAGUCCGCUGCCAGGGGAGACAAAAGAUAUCAGCAGCUUGAAGAUUGGUAGCCAUCCCAAUAUUUAUGUCUUGGACACCCCUGGGGUUUUGCCUCCAGAGAUUCCUGAUGCUGAGGUGUGUUCGAAACUUGCUUUAACAGGGGCUAUUAAUGACUGUUUAAUUGGGGAAGCAGAACUAGCUCAAUAUUUUUUGGCUAUCCUCAACUUAAGUGAUGAAUACAAGCAAUGGUCAAAAUUUUCUACCACUGCGAGUGAAAAAUUAUCAAAUGAGAAAGUCGAAACUUCAGUUGACUCUGAGUUGGACAAGAGACGGAAGCAGUAUGCCACAGAUCACACACAGGUACAAACAUUUCAGUGAUCAACUUAUCAUGUAAUUUGAACAAUUUGUAUUACUGAAUAGGGAAGAUAAGUAAAUCUUUACAAUGUUUCUUUUUUUCCCCAUGUAAAUCAUUUUCUGCAGGAAAAUAGAAAAAUAAAAGAUUGUCUUCUAAAAUCUAAAAUUGGUAAAUGAAGGAUAUGACUCUCUUC